AUGUGGAAUAGGGGAGUUGCUCGGCUCACGCAAAUUCUCGUGCUAACUCAGGAGCUACAGCUGUUACUGAGGAGCACUCAGCCUGGCUGUGGGGAGGGCGCCUGGGGAGAGGCGCAGACCAAGUCAAGCUCCAGGCUCUUCUCUCGUCUGACUCACCUCAGCAUCACGAUGGAGCCCAACAGCCCUAAAAAAAUACAGUUUGCUGUGCCACUGUUUCAGAGUCAAAUAGAUCCGGAGGCAGCUGAGCAGAUCAGGAAAAGAAGGCCUACACCAGCAUCGCUCGUCAUCAUGAAUGAACACGUGCCCCCAGAAAAAGAUGAGAAGAGAACAAACAUCUCACAGGCAGAGUCCCAGAGCGCCUCUCCCAAGCAAAGGAAGCAGAGCGUCUUCACCCCGCCUGCCCUCAAAGGGAUUAAGCAUCUGAAGAGUCAGAGUGAUUCAGCGUUUCCAGAGGAAGAAGAGGGAAUUAGUGAAAGGGAAGAGGAAUGGGGCCAUUAA